GGAAGGGGCGGGCAGAGCUGGGCUGGCACAACCGUCCGGAAUCCGCCUCCGGGACUCGCUCCCGACCCCUAGAAGGAGGCCCAAGACCUGGCAGCACAGCAAGGGCAGGGGAUGCGGCGCGCUCCUCCAGUGCAGGCGCCGUCUACGGAACGGAAGGGGCCGCGCGCCAGCUCUCGUGACUGGGCAGCCGCGGUCCGCGAGGCAUUAAAGAUUGGUGCCCUUUUGGAAAAAUGAGGCCUCUAAUUCCUGAUGUGACAGGAGUAAGAUUUGCUGUCCUGUCCUGAGUCAAGCAAGUCACUCAGAUCCUGACUCCUUAUUGGGGGAAAUUACAGUGAUGGAAACCUUAAAAUCUAAGAACAAAACCAGGGUCCUUCCCUGCUGGAUGACAGCCCAGGUGUCUGAAAGUAGGGUGGUGCCAGUGAAGACUCCCAAGCAGAGGAGAGUGGUGACAGGGCCAGCAGUAACAGCAGGAACUCCUGCCAUGAAGACUGUGUACUGCAUGAAUGAAGCAGAAAUGGUGGAUGUGGCUCUGGGGAUCCUGAUUGAGUGCCGUAAACAGGAAAAGCCCCAGGAGCAGUCACCUCUGGUGGAUGCUGAUAAGCUGGAGCUCUCCCCCAUCUGCUCUGUGUCUCCUCACACAAGUUCUCCUGGGAGCAGCAGCGAGGAAGAGGACGGUGGGAAAGACAAGGCUGCCUGGGGCCUCCGCCCUUCCCAGGGGCAGGGGACUUCCAGCUCUACAAGCAGAAGCCCCAAGGAAGCGGAGGAGGAAGAUGUGUUGAAAUAUGUCAGGGAGAUAUUUUUCAGCUGAGGAUAAACAGCUCGCUGGACUCUCUGCGGAGAGCAGCAGGAAGAGGCUGCUGCUGGUGCUCUUGCCCCUCACCCCCACCCCUAGGGUGCAGAUGUGGCUGCCUGUGUGCCCAGCUUUGCACCUCCCUGGGCCUGGCAGAUUCAUCCUAGAUCAGAAGCUCCAGGUGCCCUGGGCCUCCUGGGGGCUACUAUUUUCAGUGUGACAGUGAGGACCCAAACCAAAUUCCCAUUAGUUUCUCCUCGCACUGCAUCCCGCCUGGCACAGGGGGAUAGAAUCCCAAUUGUCUGUCUUAUUCUAGAGAAAAUGAGGUCAUGGGGUCCAACUUUUAAGAACCCAAGAGACAAUAAUUUUCAAGGAAAAGUAUGGCUACUGAAUAACUGUGAUUCCCAGGCUUUUGUAGCAUGAUCCCUCCCCAUCAGAGGCCCUCGCCCUCCAGCUUUGAAGACACGAGCUGCCCAUAGUUCCUGCUCCACCUGGGAGGGUGAGACUUUCCAACCAGAGACUGGUAAGCCAGACAGGCCGCCUUGAGCUGCUGCCUCUCUUCCACCUGGAAGCCUCUACCUUGAUUCCUGGGCAGGUUUAAAGUGCGAGUGGGUUGGGAGACCAUACACUAUAAUAAUAGAUGACACCAGAGUCCAUGUUUCUGCCUCUGUAUUCAGUGUGGCUUUGGAAAGGCACAGAAGGAGUAAACUGUUGCCAUACAGGUUUCCCAACAUACAGGUGACAAAAAAUACAGAGUUCUCCAGUGCACAAGUUGUUGUGCUUCUGUCCUUUCCAGUUAUGGGUGGAGAAGUGAGGGGAUGUAGCACCUGUGUGUGGAUCCAUUUGGUCCAGUCCACCUUCUCCUGCCCAAGGAUCAGGAGCAUCCUGCCCCUCCCUCCAGGGUCACAAUGAUAGGAAUGCUUGCCAGCUGAUUCCUGCUUCGUCCUUUGUGGAGGGACCUUCCAAACCUAGUUUUCUUUGUGCCAUGUGUGUUCUGUCUGUUGGAUCCCUCAGCCGUUCCUGGGCCAUGGGAGUGGAGUCCUGGUGAGGGGCUUAUUGCAGCAAGCCACUCCUCAUUGAGCGAAGGCUUGCUACUAGGUGCCCUUUCAUAGUGGUCCUGUUUGUUCCCAUAAACCUUCACUGAUUCCCGUUUGGCUCUCUUAUAAAUCAGCCUGCAAAUCUGACCCCAUAACAGGAAUCUUUACCUCCUAAAGCUAGAGGAAGAAUUGCCCAGAUGGGUUAAAUAAAGCAGGAAAUCAUGUGGCAGUGAGCCGUGUGCUUUUAGGGUGUCCGCAGAAGUCCUGAAGUACAGGCAGUCCUACACUAAGAAGCCGCAGCUGGCCUGGCCGUCCUUACUACCUUGGUCUCCUUGACACUGGGGACCCACCUGCUUUGCAGAGUUCUGUCUGCUGGGGUUUGAGAACGGCAUUAGCUAUGAAACAAAAUGGCUGAGAAGAUGUGCCAACCCCUGGGUUCUCUGGCACCUUCUCUGUAGUUAGAACUAACCCUCACAAUCACUUAAGCCUUUAGAUAGGUCUAACAGCUGGCACUUAUCCUUCUUGGCCCUUGGAGGGAACACAACCGUGGCCAUAAGUAACAGGAUGAGUAAAACCUGGGCCAGGCCCAGUGCCAGGAAGCCAGGCCCCAGGACAGAAAGGCUGACCCACUUCCACACAUAGGAGAGGAAGAGGCCCAAGCCUCCGGCUAGCAGCACAGAGGACAUUGCCAAGAAGCCCACUGCCAGCUGCCACUCUCCCUUGUCACCAUUGCACCAGGCGAGGAGGAGAGGCAGGGGGACAAAGAGUGUGAGGACCAGGGCACCGUAUACGCCAAGCCUGGCCAGCGCCAGGCCAAUCUGAGACACACCCCAGGCCUCUAGCUCAGGGAAGUGGUGACACUGGAGAGAGCCAGUGUCCUCGUUCCACAGGCAGAAGUUGUAGAAGCCAAUUCUCAGGUCGGGCAGGUCAGCGAGGUUGCCAGCCUUCCAGAGGAGAGCGUAGAACAGCAGGGAGAUGACCACAGCUGUCAGGAUCAUGAUGCCCACGAAGGAUAGAUGGUUGCCCCACAGUGGCCUGGGGAUGGCCAUCUCUCCUGCCCUUUUCAGGGGACCUGAGGGAAAGUCACACCAGUGAAUGUCCAGCUCUCCCUCUCUGCUCAUGCCCUGCAUCUUCUCAAGCUCCUGACCUCCCCCUGGCAAACUUAUUCUAACCCACCCUACCAGGACAGGAAGUCCCAGGUAACCUACAGCCAGGACCCACUCACAAGACAUCAGCUGCCCCUUGGAUUUGAGGUCAGGAGGAAGAGUCUCUCCUAGGCAGCUGUGAAGGCCUGAAGAGUCCCCACUGAAGUGCUUUUGGGUUAAAGGAUUUGCUCAGCCUAAAUGCCAGAAGCCACAGGAAGCAUUCUUGGGGGAAUUUCUCACAUCCUUAUAGAGGGUGCGUAUUGACAAGGUGGAGGACAAGGCUCACUGUCAGCAGGGUCCUGAAGGUGAAGGAAGGUAUGGAAGACCCGUGGAGCCAUGGAUCUCACCACAGCUACAGAAACACCCACCUGGAGAGCUAUAAAAGCCACACCUCAAUUGAAUCUAGACUUCUGGGUUUGAGGUGGGCACUGGUGUGUCUUCAAAGCUCUGCAGAUUCCUAGGAUAUGAGCCUGGGCUGAGGAUCACUGUCAGACUCUCUCUGUAAUGUCAUCUGCCCUGCUUUGGGAACUCAUUAUUGGGACAUACAUGAUGUCACCUGGUGAUGAAAUCCCAUUCCAGCACUCAUUACUUUUAAAACAUCUAUAGUUUUUUUUUUUUUUAAUUUCCUGAAAACAACAGUAAUAUAUACUAGUUCUAGGAAAUUUAGAAAAUAUUUUUUAAAAAGCCCUUUUAUCCCACCAUAUACAUAGAACCACUGUUAAUAUUUCACUAACAUUUCCCAUAUGCUGAUGUAUUUUACAAUAACCAUUGUGUUGCACAUGACACUCUUUUCACUGAAUAGUCCAUGUCGUAGAUUUAUCCUUUACACUAGCAAUUGACAAGUUGUUUCCAUUUUUCACCUUUGUGAUAGUGAAGAAGCUUAUAGGAAUCUUGCUUGGAAUCUGACUUUUCCCUGGAUUAGAUAUCUAGAAGAGCCGUCACAGGGUCAAGAUAGCUUAUCAUAGCGAUCCUAGGACAUCUUGCUAAACUGACCUAUAGAAAACUUGCUAAUUGUGGUCCUUCUAGAUGUAUGUAAAUGCCCAUUUCAUUACACUCCUCAUUAUUUUUAAAAAUUUACUACUUUUUUUACUCAGAAGAGUGUUUUCAAAAUGGCCUGUAAAACAGUAGUCUGCACACUGGGGCUUCAUCUGUGUGCAUUUUCCAUGUGAAUAAACCAGCCAUUUACAUCAGGGGUUAUGAGGGACGCCUAGCUGCAAACUUUGUGAGAUGCACGCACUGGAGCCAGAGUACCAAGUGGUGCCCUGUGAGCCUUGGCCAGCAGUGCCAGGUGGGAUCCAGCUGUGAAGUGUGUGGCAGCCAUUGGUGACCUGGGGAGGAACCCAGAGACCCUGGGGCUCAGCUCCUCAGGGGACCCCCUGGGGAGCAGCCCUUCUUUCCCACAGCUGUCUGAUUCUAUAUGCCGCAUUUGUUCUGCAAAAACAGAAAGGGACCAAGUGGAACAAAGAGCAUGGGUCAGGCUUGGAGAGAAGGCAGCUCCAUUCAAAGGACCCAAAUGAAGGCCAGAAAUGAGAACAGGGAUUCAUCAGAGAUCCUUUGACAGAGACCUGGUGCUGAGCAAGCCCUUGUUAGGACACUGAGCUCCUGAAUCUGUGCUGCCUCCACCAGGCCCUGGCAAUACUGAGUAGCCUGCUCUGCUCCUGCUUGUGCUUUUCUUCCCUCCAGACAGAGAUGGCAGUGACACUCGGAAACAAAGUGUGAGCGACCAUCUCAGCUCAAGCCUCAGCAGCUGCCCCUCUGCAGCACCUUAUUGUUUAAAGUCUCUGGAAACUCAAGGGGCAGAAGGCCCCCUUUGAAUGUCGUUGGAGAUUCUUGGAGCAUUGCUGCUUGUUCAUCAAUACUCUAAAAGGUGACUGAAUCCAACUGUUCUCUGAUGGUAUGAUGAAAAGUUUAACCAGUCUAGCCCAUGGUUUGAGAAAAUUCCCAAUGUAUUUUGCAUGGUUUUGAAUAUUUGACAACUUUAGUAAAAGCCUAUGUUUCUAAUGGGAUUUGGUAUUUUGGGAAGUGGGAUGGAUUUCGAGGGUGGGGACCUUGAUUUACACUACCAUGCUACAGAAAAUUGCCUGCACUGCCCUGGAACGAAGCAGGAUGGGAGAGAGGAUACUGUGUUUGAAUGCUCCCUCCCAUUUCUCCUGUUUGAAUCCUGAUUCAACUGGCUUCCAAAAAUCAUUACUAUUAAACAUUUUGGACUUGAAGACAGAGCCUGGAGCCUUUGUUUUUAACUUCCUCAUUUUUUUUUUUCAACUGACACUUAGAGGUUUUUGAUGGAGAGUGGAACAAAACAAAACUGGAGCCCAGAAGUGCAGGCCCAGGCCUGUGGAGGACAUGGUUUCCUUCUCCUCCUCAACUCUUCAUAUAUACAGUCAGGCCCACCUCCCGUGUCCAGUGCUUGAGGCUCUCCACCAUCUGGCUCCACUUAGGACUUGAACUUUCAGUGUUCCACUGAGGCCCAGCUCCUUUUUCCUCCACUCUAGCUUUGCAUGGUCCAGCAUCUGCUCAGGCUGUGUCCAUUCUUAGCCCAUGCUCAGCCACUCUCCAACCCCCAGCAUCCCACCUGACUUUCUGACUUUCUACCUGAUUAAAACCUUCAGUGAUUCCUGAGCUUUCCUGGACUGAUGUCAGCAUACAGAGAAUUUCUUUUUUUUUUAAUUAAUGAAUGAAAAUGUGCUUGGUGUCUUUGGGUUAUUUCACUUACGUGUGUUAUGUCCACAUCGUAACCACACAGUGGAGCUUCUUGAGUGAGGGGCCAUCUUCAUGUUCCGCACAUUCCCAGCACAGUGCCAAGAUGUCCGAUUGUGCUUCCUGUUGGAAACACGUACAGACUUUAGGAAGCUGGGACAGAGAGGUUGGAGUCUAGUCCUGGCUUUUCCUAAACGUUUCACAUGACAGCGUCUGGAUAUGUGGUUGGAAACCCGUGACACUGUUCUGCCAGCCCCAAAGUCUGCCCUGUUCUUUUCGUUUUAUAACAAUCCUGGUAAUCAUGUUCUCACGACAAUGAGCUUUUUAAUGACCAGCCAGUGCUUCCUUCAAAGGGCAAAAGGGUAGACUGCUGAGUCACUGUGGCCAUUUUUAGAUGAGCUUUUUCCUGUUUAUAAGAAAGUAGUGCGUGCCAAUUGCAGAAAACUAUAAAAUAAAUGAAAGUGUAGAGAAAAGACGAAAAAUCAAUUUCUAUGACUCCAGGUCAUAGAAAUACUCACUCUUAGCGCUCUGUAAUGUUGUUUUAUACGCUAGGAUCACAUAAACAUAUGUUCACGUUCCACUUUGUGAACAUCAUUGUAGAAUAAACCUUUCCCUAUAUCACUAGAAACGUUUCCUAUGUGAUACCUUUAAGGGCUUCAUAUAGCCAUUUCAGAGCUUAAAGUGUUUCUAAAUUGUAUUUUGUAACAUUAUUUUAUAUAUUAUAAAUAAAGUUAUAGUGAGUAUGUAUGUGAA